CACUAUAUCAAGGUAGAGCAUCCGUAUAACGCCGUCUUUUAACCGGACCCCGGUCAGUCUCAAUCCCGUCGACGAUCCUCGUGCAUUUUUCCAUUGCUUCGUGGCCCAUCGAAGCAAAACGGUCCUCUUCAUCAUGUAUCCGCGUUACGGCCUCCUCCUCGUGUUCGCUUAUCACGUUGUGACUGGUCUGUCCUUACCGACGGCGACCUAUGAUCAACGACAAACCGGUGAUCUAAACGUGCAAGUCCACCUGAAGGAUGUGCAAGUGGUGGCGUUGUUGGACCCGGAGAUGCUUGACGAUUACACGGAAUACGAUUAUUUCUACGAUUACGCCGACUUUACGUUGAAACCGAUCGUCAAGCCCACCACCACCAGUACUACAACUACCACCGAAACAGUUCCAUCAGAACAAAUCAAUGUCUCUGAAACACCCGAUUCUUCCUCUCAAAAUUCGACAUUUCCUUCGAUCAGCGAGACAGAUACAAAUUCUACCAUGAAAAACGCGGAAAUUCUUCUACCAGUGGACGCUGAAAAAAUAAACGAAACCUUAGCUAGUUCAUCAAUUGAAAGUUUAGAAAAUUCAACUAGUGACGGCAGUAUACUAAGAAUGAUGUUAAGUGACAAAAUUAGGAACCUGUUUGAGGAUAAGAAGGAAAAUCCAACGAAGCAUGGUAACUGGGGAUCAUCCACGGAGAAUCCGUCCAAAAGACUGUCUAGAAAACGGUGCAAAUUAGGAUAUUCACCGGAUGGGAAGGGUCGUUGUCGUCGUUUGAGUCAACGAAAAUUAUCGUUAAUUCCAUUGACGAUGAGAUUACCAUCAAAACUUUUAGACGAUCUAAGACGCAACACAAGGAAUUUGGCGCAGGAGGAAGACGAUCGAAUGCAUUUAAACUGAGCCGUGCCAUGAAUAUUCGAUGAAUCCUGUGCGAUUGUGCGAAGUUGCCUCAUGUUCCUCAUGUGACUUAAGUCGAAUUUAUAUUGUUUCAUAUUAGAAGAAAACGGUAGAUGAACACUUGCUUUCAUCCGCGAAUGAAACGAGGAUGAAAGCAGCGUUGCAACAAGUGUAAAAUGAAACACACAAAGUGAAAGAGUGUAAAUUCGGCUUUAUGUUAAUUUACGUAUGCUCCAUCUUAUAUUUCUAUGCGGCCAUAAUUCUCUAAAUCGCUGUAUAUAAUAAUAUAUAUAAGAAACGAUUAUACUUGACAGGGUUAUAAAAUUGUUGUAAUAAAUUUAUGUAUCCAUA